UAAAAUGGCGGUGUCUAUAUAUAAAUAUUUUAUUCAGAAAUAGAUUGACGCUCUCAAUAGCCCUUUCUAGCGUUUCUUAAUUUAAUAUGAAUAAUGUCCAGAAAUAGCUGAAAAAGUUUUUGGUUGGUCAUUAAUUAGAUAAUUUCAUUAAUAAUCUUCGGUUUUAACUUAAAACCGUAAUAAUACACCCCCUACAUAGAUGGGUAAAUUUAUAGAUGAAGAAGAAUAGUUACGACUUACGUCCAAUUUCUUACCAUUGUCGCGCGCGCAUCUUAAGCGAAAGUUUAACGAAGACUUAUGUCUUAGAUAGGUGCUGCUAAGCAAUAUAAUUAUUUAACUGGAGAUUUUGCAUUAAAAAGUUUUGUAUUGAUUUUUCACAUGAUUUUUGUUAGAUUAGUGUCUUCGUGACGGUUAAGUGUUGGGCGAAAACAUAAAGGAAACUAAAUGUUUGUUUAUUGUGUAAUUGGAUGUUUAUAAGUUUAUCAGACAAAACAAAGAAAUAAUCAAGAUGGUAACACCACCCCAACAAUUUUGCGUAAGAUGGAAUAGUUACCAAUCAAAUCUUCAAAAUGCAUUCCCAAAACUUCUGACUGCGGAGCAUUUUGUGGAUGUAACAUUGGCCUGUGAAAAUGAAAUGCUUAAAUGUCACAAAGUUGUCUUAUCAGCAUGUUCUACAUAUUUCGAGAAAUUACUGUUAGACAAUCCCUGCCAACACCCUAUAAUUUUUAUGAAAGAUAUGAAAUUUCAUGAGAUGCAGUCGUUAGUAGAUUUUAUGUACAAAGGAGAAGUGAAUGUUACGCAAGAUGAUCUACCUUCUCUUUUAAAAUCUGCAGAAGCCCUACAAAUAAGGGGUUUGUGUGGUUCAGACCAGUUGCUAAAUCAACAUCAUUUGGGAGCCUUAAAAGCACAGAUGAAUGCUGCAAGUUCUAAUGGAGAAAAGUGCCCUACACCUAAGUCAAGUGAUCAGCAAUCGCCUGUUAAGGUACCAUGCAAAAAAGAUGAAAAAACUCAAAACGAAAAUCAGAUGGAGAAUUCAGAAAGUUCACCUGCAUGUUCAGAAUCAAACGAGCAAAAUCCAAUUAAAGACGAAAACGACCACAAUAAUGAUACGGGUGAAGACGAUUCAUACUUCGAAGGUGAUAGUGAGAUAAUGGAUACAGAAUUUUUAGAAGAGGACUCAUCGUUAAAUAACAGUGAUGUAAAAAACUCAGAUUUCGCGAUUGCCAACGUUUCGUGCCAGUACGAUGGCAGUCCAGACGCGAGAUCCCCCUCCGAUCUCGGCAUGUACCCGGGUGUGCCGAACCGUCGUAUACGACGUUCGGACGAGGAGCUGCGCCGUGCAGCCGAGUGCAUAACCCGCGGUCAAACCUUCCAAACGGUCAGUGACCAGUUCAACAUACCAAUUUCAACCAUACGCUUUUACAUGGCACGCAAAGGCAUCUUACCGCGGCGCAAGCGCGGACGCGCUUGCGGCGGUUCGCUGAUGAGUGGUGCAGGGGUUGGAGGAACCACAGUCUCACCGAUGGGCGGUGGAGCGACAGCGCUUGCGUACAACGCUCCCGGCAACACCAGUCCAAUCGGACCGCCCUAUCACAUAGUGCAUUACAAACUACCCGCGCUCGGCGUUUCCAAACUGAAGUAGGCUAGGAUAGGUUAGGUUUAUACUACAACUACUACUUGAUACUAUUAUUACUACAACUACUACAAUAGGACACGGUACCUAUUACACGUUUUAUUUUAAGCGAAUGUGUUGGGAGAGAGAGAGAAAGAUAUAUAGACAGAUAGACAACGGUGUAGUAGUGCCGAAAUGUCCAAGUGUUGUAAUGUGUGCUGUGUGUCUGUCAUUUUUAUUGUCAGGAGCUACGGCGAUCGCUUUAUCGGAUGGUAUUUUUUUAUUGUAGGUAUCAUAAAGGUCAUAAUAUAUACAAGACGUUUCUUUAUCUCGGUUAUUGUGAGAGAUAUUGCAGUUUUGACACCACAAAAAUAGAAAAAUGAUAAUUUCGACGUCUUCCUAGUCAUUUUAAUAUAUUUCAUACAGUUGAUAAGAAGUAUUAACAAUAGAAUCACAGUUUUUACUUAUAUACAAUACGUAACAAAAGUAUGGAAUAUUAAGUGGGUGUACAACAACCAGAAAAGCUCCUACAAUCCGAUUUUUAUUUAUCAAUAUCAAGUGGCAAGUCCUCUUUUUUUAAACAAUUCGAUAAAGAGUAACAAACUAUAAUAAGAAUAAUGCAAACUUAUUGUUAAGAAUUAAUCAUUUAAGUACCAACAACAAACUCAUUAUAAUUUGACAAUGAAAAAGAGAGAUAUUAGUUAAAAAAAAAAUAGCUGUCUGCUUUAUCUGCCUUAAUGUGCAUGAAUUAUUUAUUUAUUUAUCAAAACAUAUCGAGAAAAUCAUUUUUUAUGUCUUUAGGGCUUUGAAAAAAUUUAGGAGAUACUAAUUUAAAAUUUACUUUGUAUCUUUUCUUAUAACCGAGGCAUUAUAUUUUUCUCAUUGGUCGCCCUGUAAAUAUUAUAUCAUUAGAAAUGGGAUCUUCUUAAAAGGGCAUUAUUCUUUAAUAUUUUCAUUUGUUAUUGCUUUUUUUGGUCAUCAAAGGGUUGCUUAAUAUUUGUGCCCUGUUUAAUUAUUUUCUUAGACAAACUUAAAUUCCAGAAGUAUACAAAUACAAUCCCAGUUUAAUAAGAAAACAGGUCCUGACGUGCUCCUUUUGGCUUGAUCUCCACUCAAUCACAUUUAUUUUUAUAUUUACUCUUUUUAUUUCAUAUUUUUAGCGUAUCUUUUAUUUUACAAUAUUUUCAUCUAUUUUUUUUUUAAGCAUCACUACCAAAACUUUGUUAACGUCGACAUAACAACUGAAUCAUUAUUUUUAUUUGCUUUUAACAUAAUUCUCGUUUUGUGUGAUCUUACAUAAUACCGUGGUUAUUUUACUGAUCUAAUUAUACGAAGAAAAUACGUAAAUGGUAAAAGAAGUUUGUAGUUUUGAGAUUUAGACGUUUUUUUAUUGUAGCGUGUAACUAAAAGAAAAUUUGUAAAUGUUAGGUUGUAAGUGAAAUGGAAAAAUCAGAGAGCAAACGAAAACAAACAUGCGAUUACUAUCAUACGAAAAAUUAGUAAGUAAAUUUCGAAAAUUAAAUGGGAAAAUGAAAGAAAUAUAAAAAUUCAAAAUUGAGGUAGCACUAUAUUCUUUUACAGAGAAUUAUAGAACAAAUUGGCGACUCCAAAGUCGAAUAACUCGUAGGUUUCUAAUCAUAGAACUAGUCUAAACGUUGGAAGUUGCUGUGACUUGGCCUUCCCCGUACUAUCGCGUAUGGGGGUUAAUUGGUGAAUUGUCAAAUGUUUUGUUGACACAAUGGCUUGCAGUAGGUGGUCUAACUUUGAACUUUUAGAUCAUAAACGUUGUGUCGCUGCAUUCAAUUCUUUGGUUUAAUUUGUCAAAUUUUUCGUUAGUAGAUGAUUUUGUGUGUAACCUUGGUCUUUGGGUCUUUUCGUUGGUGUUCCAUUGUUUAUCAUCAGUUACACAUCAAAAAGAGCCUUGAUGGAUUUAGUAUCAUUAAGGAUAUGACUAGAAACCGAUAAAUUAAUUGACUUUGAAAUCGCCCAUUUAUUGUAUCUAUCACCGUCUGUAUCAUUUUGUUAAGCAACUCGUAGUGUGACUGCUGUUAAAUAGCUUUAUUUAUUAUUAACAGAAAAAUUAGUAUAACAAAUUUAUUUAUUAAAAUAAUAAAUAUGAAACGUGGAACAACACUUUGGUUGAUUUUCUAGCAGAAGUUUAUCCAUUUUAUAGAAGAUAUUUCUCUAUGAAUUGAAUAUUUUGUUUUCCCAUUUUGUUUUCGGGAAAGCGCCUGUUCCAUUUUUUAUUUUUUUGGUGUUGAAGGUGACAUUCGGGACUCUCAUACAAUUAAUAAGCAAAAAUAAUUGAUAUUUGACGAUAGGAUCAAAAUUAGUUUGUUAGUACACAUAUACAGUAAGUUUUGCCAUUAUACCUGUUUCCCUUUCUGUGUACGUCUACUUAUAUUAAUUAUUUAUUAGUAUCGUUUGUUGUGAGAUCAAAACUAGUCCCAAAGACAAGAUUUGACUGCUUUUUUUUAAGUGAUCGAUGUUAUUCACUAGUUUGUCGUAGGAAAACCAAACAUAAUUGAAAAAAGGUCACAUUUAGAGACAAUCAUUUUCCUAUUGAUUUAGCAAUUUAUUAUUGAUAUUGACGUAAUUUUUUUGUUGCAUUAACUAAUCUUAUCGUGGUUUUUCGGAGGAGUGUUUUUAUAUAAAGACUCUGUGUGUGCUAUCUAUACAACAUU